CCGGUUUAUCAACUUCUACCAGCUUAGGAUUUAUAAUAACUCUACCCGUUUCAUCCUGCGCAAUCCACCAUGAGUUCCAGAGAAGGCAGCUUCAAGGCGAAGAUCCGCUCGCUUCUGCCACGCUCACCCUCCCAGUCUGGCGCGGAGUUUUGUGACACUCGAUCGGAGAUUACCCUCACGAACGAAGGUCCAUCUCCUAGACGCAAGGAAAAGGAAUACAAAGGAGCUCGGGAGCCAGCAUUGGCCAAUCCGUACAACGGAGAUCAAUGCUUCGGAUCAUGUUGUCGAGGAGGAGGAUAUCCUCGGUAGGGCGGCAUAACAGAGGAUGAAUGAAUACACAUGCACAACCAUCACGGUUGGGUUUCUCUUUUGGCUGUUUCUCUCUGGAUGUGAGGUUAAAAAUGAAAAUUGAUGACGAUAUACCGAACCUGGUCCCCAUUCAACUGGCAUCCCUGAAAAGGCUACUGCUGUUGAUUCCGAAGAUCGCUCCAGGGCUAGGAAGUCGCGCUGUGGGUGUUCUUCGUCUUGCCGGAACUCCAGCGCAUGGGCAUGGAGCCUGUGUCGGCAACGCUCUAGUGCCGACAGGGUCAUCCCCUGUCAGAGACAGAGACUGGGCUGUGUCUGCCCUGAAGGAAGACUAUGCAGUAAUGUUGUUUCGUGAACUGCCUAGGGUUCGGUUAUUCUCUGCGUCAA